AUGGCAUAUCUAGCCCCCAUUCAUCGAGCAUCGAGUGUUCGCCAUGCUCUGAAGUUGUCCUUUCUGGCUCCAGAAUCUGAAGAUUUGGUCAUGGCCAAAGCCAAUCGUCUGGAGGUUUGGUCAACCAGCCCGCAACAUCCAGACGACCCUACUCUGGUUCUUCAACACUCGAAAGCGAUCUAUGGCAAGGUCACAUUGCUCCACAAGAUUAGACCGGCAACGAGUACAACGGAUCAUCUGUUUGUUGGCACAGACCGAUAUCAUUACUUCACUCUGAGCUGGGAUGCAGAGAAGAAAGAGCUGGUGACCGUCGAGAGCUAUGAGGAUAUCUCGGAGAAGGCGGCAAGAGACAGCCAAACAGGCGAUAGAGUGCACAUCGAUCCAACCUCCCGAUUCAUGACAUUGGAAUGCUACGAAGGCGUCGUCAACGUUCUACCUAUCGCACAUGCUGGGAAAGGCAAGCGCAAGGCUGCAGACAACGAGAUCGGAAAGCUGGGUGAACCUAUUCCCGUCCGGAUACCAGAGUUGUUUGUACGGAGCAGUUGUUUUCUACACAAGAGACAGGCUGGAACCAAGCUCCCGGAUCCUGAAUUUGCGGUGCUACACGAAGACAGUCAGAAUAGGCCGAGGAUCAAAGUACGGAAGCUAGAAUAUCAACCAUCAUUACGUCCGAACGACGAGCCCCCGACUGCUGAGCUUGAAGAGGGCAAAGAAGUACAGGGCCAGUUGGAACUUGGUGCCAGCAUACUGAUACCCCUGCCUGCCCCAAUGUACGGCUUCCUUGUCGUAGGCGACACGAGUAUAUCAUAUGUCGACGAAUGGGACUACACGGCCCGGGAUACACAACCUCUGCAGGAUGCCACCGUUUUUGUAUCUUGGUGUUCUCUCGACGAUCAACGCUAUGUUCUUGCCGAUGACUACGGAAAGCUCUAUUUGUUGAUGGUGCGGCAGAACUCCAACGGAGAGUACCAGAGUCAUCAGAUCGAUGUGCUUGGUGAGACGAGUAGGGCCAGCACACUCGUCUACCUCGACGAAGGUCGGGUCUUUGUGGGGAGUCAUGAAGGGAACAGUCAAGUCAUACAGAUAUCACCGAAGAAACUGGAAGUACUGCAAACCUUUCCAAACAUUGCGCCAAUUCUGGAUUUCACCGUCAUGGACAUGGGAAAUCGCAGUUCAGAUGCGCCUGUCAACGAAUUCUCCAGCGGACAGGCAAGGAUAGUGACUGGCUCUGGGGCAUUCAAAGAUGGCAGUCUUCGUUCGGUGAGAUCCGGUGUUGGCCUGGAAGAUCGAGGAGAUCUCGGUAGUCUGGAUGCCCCAAUCUCUGCCGUCUUUGGCCUCAGAAGCAGCUCAUUGGUGGACAGAGUCGAUACGCUCGUAGUCAGCUUUGUUGACUACACCAGAGUGUUUGUGUUCGAUCAAGAGGGCGGGGUGGAAGAGCGGGAGGUAUUCAGAGGUUUCAGCCUUGCAGAGAGCACUCUUCAUGCUGCAGACCUUCCUGACAGCAAAGCCAUCCAGGUCACCAGCUCCUCAAUACUGCUGAGUGAUGCUGAAGGCGGCAUGGUCACAGAUACAUGGUCAGCACCUGGUGGCGCGUCAAUCACUGCAGUCUCGGCAGACUCUGACAAGGUUCUGAUCUCGCUCAAAGGCAAAGCUUUGGUGGUUCUGGAUCCGACUGCGGCCUCUAUCAAAGUGAACGCACAGAGGGAGUUUAGCAGCGAUGAAGAAGUUUCAUGCAUAGCACUCUCGCCGAGUGUUCCAAAUGCUUGCGUUGCCGGAUUCUGGAAAGAUGGCAAGGUUGCAUUCCUGGACUUGCAGAGCCUUGAGACUAUCGCCAGUGAACGAGUCGCAGAAGAUCCUUUGGCAGUCCCCCGGUCGCUCACUGUCGCCAACAUUAUUCAAAACCAACCACCGACUCUCUUCGUCGGUCUUGCUGACGGCAAUGUCGUUACGUACUCGAUCGAAUCGUCACAAAAGUCCUUUACAGCACGAAAGAGCAUCAUUCUGGGAACUCAGCAGCCAAACUUUGCUGUACUACCUCGCGCCGAUGGCCUUCAAAAUGUGUUUGCAACCUGUGAACACCCCUCACUGAUCUACGGGUCUGAAGGACGCAUGGUCUAUUCAGCGGUGACAGCAGAAAAUGCUACCUGCAUCUGUUCGUUUGAUUCAUUCCAGCCUUAUAGCAAUGCCAUUGCCAUCGCGGCCGGCGAUGAGCUCAAGAUUGCAUCUGUCGACGAAGAGCGAACUACUCAUGUGCAGGAUCUCUUCGUGCACGAGACAGUACGACGCAUCGCCUAUUCGGCAGACCUGAGAGCCUUUGCCCUGGGUUGUAUCCAACGCACGAUGACCAGGGGUCAGGAGGAAGUCAAGAGUCACAUCAAACUUGUAGAUGAGAUUGCCUUCCAGGAGCUCGAUACUUGGGCUCUCAAUGAAGACGAGCUUGUGGAAGCUGUAAUCCGAUGCAAGCUUGAUGAUGGUUCAGGGGAUGAAUCUGAGCGAUUCGUCGUGGGAACUGCAUACUUAGAUGACCAGGAUGCAGACGCCGCAAAGGGCAGGAUACUGGUACUGGAAGUCACCGAGGAUCGACGGCUGAAGCUGGUCACGGAGUUGAGUGCAAGAGGCGCAUGCCGAUGCCUGGCGAUAUGUCAGGGCAAGAUUGUGGCAGCAUUAAUCAAGACAGUCGUUGUCUAUGACUUUGAAUAUGCUGCCAGCGCCGCUAAACUCACCAAAAAGGCAACCUACCGAACAGCAACAGCUCCGAUCGACAUGUGCGUGGUUGAUAACAUCAUCGGUGUCACGGAUUUAAUGAAGUCGAUGUCACUUGUUGAGUACAAGAAAGGCAGAGUCGGCAUGCCGGAUACUUUGACCGAGGUCGCCCGCCAUUUUGACACACUUUGGGGUACUGCUGUCGCCAAUGUCGAUGAGCAUACGUAUCUACAAUCGGAUGCUGAGGGGAACCUGGUCGUCCUGCAACAAAACGUCUCGGGACUGAUGGAGGAAGAUAAGAGACGGCUCACAGUCACUUCCGAGAUGCUCCUCGGUGAGAUGGUCAACCGCAUUCGACGCAUCGAUGUUUCUCCCACGCCUGGUGCUGUGGUGAUUCCCAGAGCGUUCCUGGCCACUGUGGAAGGCUCAAUAUAUCUCUUUGCGCUCAUUGCACAGGACAAGCAGGACCUGCUCAUGCGAAUGCAGACCAAGAUGGCCGAUCUUGUCAAUAGCCCAGGGGGCGUCCCAUUCGCUAAAUACCGUGGGUUCAAAAACCAAGUCAAGGAUAUGAGUGAUUUCGGACCAAAUCGCUUUGUGGACGGAGAGCUCAUUGAAAGAUUCUUGGACUGCAGCGAAGAAAUUCAGCAGGAGAUUGUGGGUGACUUGAAGAAGUUUGAAGUGGAUGUCGAGGAUGUGAGGAGUAUGGUGGAGAGUUUGAAGAGGAUUCAUUAG